AGCCCUACCAUCUCCCCAGCAGAGCUCCAGACCACUAGCCCUACCAGCCAGCCCUACCAUCUCCCCAGCAGAGCUCCAGACCACCAGCCCUACCAGCCAGCCCUACCAUCUCCCCAGCAGAGCUCCAGACCACUAGCCCUACCAGCCAGCCCUACCAUCUACCUCCCCAGCAGAGCUACAGACCAGUAGCCCUACCAGCCAGCCCUACCAUCUCCCCAGCAGAGCUCCAGACCAGUAGCCCUACCAGCCAGCCCUACCGUCUCCCCUGCAGAGCUACAGACCAGUAGCCCUACCAGCCAGCCCUACCAUCUCCCCAGCAGAGCUCCAGACCACUAGCCCUACCAGCCAGCCCUACCAUCUCCCCAGCAGAGCUCCAGACCAGUAGCCCUACCAGCCAGCCUUACCGUCUCCCCAGCAGAGGUCCAGACCACUAGCUCUACCAUUUUCCCCAGAAUGGCUCUCUCCGGGUCGGGUGGCUUCCUCUCUGAGGAUCAGUUCAUCUGUUCUAUCUGCCUGGAUGUGUUCACCAACCCAGUCUCCACACCCUGUGGUCACAGCUACUGUCUGGACUGCAUCUCCACCUACUGGGAUGGAGGAGGAGGGAAGACGUGUGUGUGCCCGCUGUGUAAGGAGAGCUUCAGGAAGAGGCCGGAACUUCACAUCAACCGCACCCUGAAGGAGAUCACCGAGCAGUUUAAGAAGAUGGCGGACGCAUUGGACCGGGGGGCCAUGGUGUUUGAAGGAGGGAUUGAGAGUCAAGGUUGGGGUGGCGGUGGAAAUGAGGGCAUGUCAUACGGGGUUGAGCGUCCUCCGGCUCCAAGACCCCCAGGGAUGGGUGUGAUGCCUGGGGAUUUGUUGUUGGAAAUGAAGACCAGGUUCCAACGACCUUCGAACUCCAGAACCCCUCCGCCCGUCCUCCACCCCCACCCGCCCUCACCCUUCUCCUCCAACACCACCGCCCUCUCGCCCCCCGCCCCUCCUGUUGUCCCACGCAGAUACACCCUGAGCGGGCCGGCUGAUUCCUCCACCGACGCGCCUCUCUGUCCUGAACACCAGAGGGGGCUGGAGUUCUUCUGCCGGACAGACCAGACGUGUGGGUGUGCCGUGUGCAUGGAGGGAGAGCACCAUGGACACCAGGUUAUACCAGCCAAGAGAGAGUGGCUCAUUAAGAAGUCUCAGUUGGAAAUCACAGAGGCAGAGCUGAGGGACAUGAUCACACAGAGAGAAAAGAAGGUGGAGGACAUCAGGACAUCACUGGAGAACAUACAGGUGUGUGCGGAGCAUGAGACAGCAGGCAGCAUGCAUGUGUUCUCUGCCCUGGUGAGCUCUGUGGAGAGGAGCCAGGCAGAGCUGUUGGAGGUGAUAGAGAUGUCACAGCGGGCUGCACAGCACCGAGGACAGACCCUCAUCAGAGACCUAGAGCAGGAGAUCUCUGAGCUGAGGAAGAGAAGUGCUACCCUCACCCAGCUAGCCCAGUCUGACGACUACGUACUUUUCUUCAAGUUAACUUAG